AUGUAUAACAGCAAUAAUAGGGCGUUACUUCGUGCUCCUCCAAAAUUGACAAUUUUAAAAUUUUUCAAGAAAGUGUUGAAUGAUUGGAGUCUAGAUUAUUCAUCAAUGUUAGCCUAUACAUUUAUGAUUUCUCUGUUGCCUAUUGCUGUGACUGUAUUUGGUGUAAUCGCGUUUGUUCCAAAUUUACGAGCUGAUGUAAAACAAAAAAUUCUUGAAGCUUUUCCGGAUAAUUCUACUCGAGCGUCGAUUCAACAAGUUUUAGAUUUAGCAAGUAAUCAAUUGCGUCGUGACGCUGGUGGACUAUUGGCUCUGGGUAUUGUUUUCACAAUAUUUAGUACUUCGCGUUUAUUUGUAUUGAUUGACAAUGUAAUGCAAAUUAUUUACCGUCUAGAGCAGCGUGGAUUUAUAAAGCAAAAUCUAGUUGCGAUUGGAAUGGUAUUUGUAUUUAUUUUAUUAAUUGUACUGAUCAUUGCUGCUGCUUCAGCUCCUUCGUUUCUUCUUGCGCCUGUUCAUCAAGCAGCCGGUCGUUUUGGCAUUUAUAUAGCUGGAAUCGUGACUAGUCUAUUACUCUCAUUUAUAUUAUUUGAAGUAAUUUAUUUGAUUAUGCCAAAUAAAAAAAUAAAAAUUAAACAAACUUGGUGUGGUUCACUAGUGGCAGCAGUCCUAUUCGAAAUUUUUAUUAUUUUAUUUCCACUCUACGUUCGACACUUUAUGACAAAUUAUGUCGGAUAUGUAGGUCUAGUUAUUGUUCUUCUACUGUUCUUCUAUUAUUUUGCCGUUAUUCUUUUACUGGGUUCACAAAUUAACGCUUACUGGUUCGAACGAAUUCAACCGUUUCCCGACGCUCAAGCGACAUUCAUUAGUAAAAUGUUUAAGUUAUAUGAAAUGAGAAGUGGACAACGAAAGUGA